CCGAACGGCGCCGGACCGGACCGGACGACAGUUUCCUGAGGGCACUGAUCGGAUCAACUGAUGCUCAUUUUUGAUUUGGAUAUUUCCGACAAAUUCUUUUGAUGAUGGAGGACUCUGAUUUGGAUGAAAUUCGUGCACAGAGGCUUGCUCAGCUUCAGUCUCAAUAUGGGAGUGGACCUGCUGGCCAACCAGGAAAUCCAAAUCAACAAAAAGUUGCAGAAGAGCGGAAACGAGAAGUUGAUGACAUGAAAAACUCAAUCUUAUCACAAGUUCUUGAUCAAUCAGCAAGAGCGAGAUUAAACACUCUUAUGCUUGGCAAGCCAGAGAAAGGUCGUAUGGUGGAAAAUAUGAUUCUUCAAAUGGCACAAUCUGGACAGCUUCGUUCAAAAUUAGGAGAAGAGGAGCUAAUUGGAUUGUUGGAGAGAGUAGGGUCUCAGAAAAGUACAACAGUGAAGUUUGAUAGAAGACGAGCUGCCCUUGACUCCGACGAUGAUGAUCUGUGAUAGUUCAUAGUAAACUGUAACUUGUGUGCAGUCUGUUAAGAGGGAAUGGUAAAAGAGUGAAGGGUGCCUUAAUCUAAUUUAUAAAUCAGUAAACUAAUUUUUACUUGUAAACAUAACACCUUAAGUCCUCUCUUCCUUAAUAAAAGAAAACAAAAGUCCAACUUCAAUGUUAAUUUUGAGUAAUUAAUUGUUCAGAAUUUGUAACCGGGGCUUUCUUUUUUCUUUUGAAUAAUUUUACUUAAGCAGCAAUUUAUUUAAAAAAUGAACUGCAUAUGAUGCAAAUUUAUGAAAUAUUUUGUGUUAACCUUCUAAUAAAUUAACUUAAUAAAUAACUAGAGCUGUA